AAUUUCGAAUACAAUCACGUGAUCAUUUCUAAACAUGACGUCACAUGAUCUAUUUCGCGGUGGCGUUGAUUAGUUCACAGGACAAUGGCGAGAGUGUUAAAUGCGCGAGCGGCAUCGUCGUAUUUCGUACGUGUAUAUUCUCGUUCGAAGUGAAUUUCGCGUGCAAAUAAAUAUCGGGAUUGUCGAAUGUAGCAACGAACAAUCGUCGUGGAUUAUUAAUUAGAGCGUACGAUCGCGUUUAUUCGUAAAAUCAACGAUCACGGGUCGUGUCAGAUCGCUCGUCGGUUGCUCGUCGAAUCAUUGAGCAUCGAUGUGAAGUUUCCUUCAAACUUUUAAACGUAUUUCACGCGAAUGUCGGGAGUGUCGAGCAAAGUUACGGGCGUUUUACGUUAUUCGUUCGAAAGUGUAUCGCGCUUGUAAAUAUCGGGAGUGCCGUAUAAAGUGACCGAUCGUAUCGUGAUAAUUAGUGCCGUACAAGUAUUUGGCGCAGUCAAUGUCGGAGCGAAUGGCAAAGCCAACAGCAGGACAUCGAGCGAGUUCAGCAUCUGAAAGAAACUGGGAUUCCCAUCGUCGAUUAUGACUGAGAUGGAACAAUUAGCUUGCGGCAAGACAAAUGUAAUCAUACGAUCAUCGCGUAAACAUAAUAAAUGUAAUUAGCACGGUCGCGAUUAUCGGUCUUUCUUUUGUAAAUUCAAGCGUGUAAAACUCGGGAGUGUCGCGUAAAGUGACCGGUCGUAUUGUAAGUGAUAAUUGACGACGUACAAGUGUGACUUUGGAACAAUAUUGGAGUCAACGGCGGAGCGAACGACAGUGUCAACGGCGAAUUCAUAAUUAGCGCCACAUAAAAGCGUUUGGAGUAAUAUUGGAAUUACAACAGAGCGGCAGAAUCAACAGCGGUGAUACAUCAAUGAUGUUUCUGACACGUUCGGAAUACGAUCGCGGAGUAAAUACCUUUUCGCCUGAAGGAAGAUUAUUUCAAGUAGAGUAUGCCAUAGAAGCCAUAAAGCUUGGCUCGACCGCCAUUGGAAUAUCAACAUCUGAAGGAGUGGUUCUGGUCGUGGAGAAACGCAUUACUUCAACUUUAAUGGAGCCGACAACUGUAGAAAAAAUUGUAGAAAUCGAUAAACAUAUAGGAUGCGCAGCAUCUGGUCUAAUGGCCGAUUCGCGGACAAUGAUUGAUAGAGCUCGAGUUGAAUGCCAAAAUCAUUGGUUUGUUUACAACGAAAAAAUGACGGUAGAAUCCACUGCCCAAGCUGUAUCUAAUCUAGCUAUACAGUUUGGAGAUAGCGAUGAUGAUGGUACUGCCAUGUCCAGACCAUUCGGUGUAGCAAUGCUAUUUGCUGGAAUUGAUGAAAAAGGUCCACAAUUGUAUCACAUGGAUCCAUCUGGUACGUUUGUUCAGUUUGAUGCUAAAGCUAUAGGAUCUGGGAGCGAAGGAGCACAACAAAAUCUUCAAGAAGUGUAUCAUAAGUCUAUGACACUGAAGGAAGCACUGAAAGCUGCGCUGACGAUAUUGAAGCAAGUAAUGGAAGAAAAAUUGAACAAUACUAAUAUUGAAGUGAUGACGAUGACUCCCGGCCAAUUGUUUCAUAUGUUCUCGAAGGAGGAAUUACAGGAGGUGAUUAAAGAUAUCGCUUAAAAGCUUAUCAUAUGUGUACAAUUUAUUACGGACAGUCAUUACGCCGAGUUGCAGGGAGAAUAAACGAAUUUCUUACAUGGAGCAUAAUUGUAAAUUAUAUCUCCAUUUAAUAUGCAACAAAUGCUUUAUUUCUGUAUAUUUAACACUUUCAUUUAUCAUCUUUAGGAAGAAAAUAUUAAAUAGAGAAAACAUAGGGUGAAUUUUA